AUGAGUUAUCCGUACGGUCAACCAGCUUCUCAGCCGUCUCUGUAUGGUGCACCCCAGGGAUAUGGCGCGCCAGCUCAAUCCUACGGAGCUCCACAGCAACCCCAGCAGCCGGGCUAUGGGGCUUCUGCUCCAGGCUAUGGCGCACCUGUUCAGAGCUAUGGGGCUCCUGCCCAGCAGCCCUACGGUGCACCGCAGCAACAGCAAUAUGGUGGCCAGCAACCCCAAGCACAGAUGGGCUACGGUCAACCAUCUCCGUAUGGUGCCUCCCAAAGCUCUUACGGUGGCGGAGUGGGACAGGGCCAACAGUCCUACGGAAUGCCCCAGGCUGGUGCGCCUUCCUACGGAGGCAUGGUGCAGCCCGGCAUGCCUUCAGGGGGUUACGGUCAGCCACAAAUGGGGUACGGUGCUCCUCAGCAGCCCAUGUAUGGCGGGGGCGCGAUGCCUGGCUUCGGGGGUAGCUUCUCUGGGCCCAUGCCCUUCAUGCCCCAAUCCUACCCGGGUAUGCCCGUCGUAGGGCAAUAUAAGCCUGUUACCGGGGGAGGAAUUCCGUUCAUGGGUAAGACGGAGUCGAAAGAGGCCGGAAACGAGCCCGAGUCGACAAGCAAAGAUCUCGCCAAUCCAUCGGAGCCCGCAGCUCCGGCGAUAGUAUCCUCUGGUGCACCUGCAGAACAGCCCGCACCCUCCACCCAGUAA